UGCCCAUUUUUCAACAUGGGCAACAAGAACAAGAGAGACAACAAAGCCGGCUCGAACUCGCAGGCAGGCACGGACGCCGGUAACGGCGCUCUUAAGACCCCCUCGCACAACCCCAAACCCAGUCCUCCGCUGCAGUCUACACAGCAGUCUGUCAAGAAACCGUCCACCAACGGUAAACAGCCCCAGCGGCUUGCCACCGGUGACGCUUCUCCCAGCUCUAAAGACUACGCUGGCGCCAUCCGCAACGGAACUGGGAAGGGUGGCAGCUCCAGCAAUGGAGGUGGCAGCUCCAACAGUGGUGGGGGUGACCCCAGCAACCGCUUCGCAGCACUGGGAGAAGAGAACUCACCCAGCAAGCCCACCGAUGGCGGUCGCGAGGAAGGAGAGAUCCCUCCGGACGACCCCACACGCGCACUGGCUGCAGACGUUCUCGCGAAUCUCCAACAAGCAGCCACCACUGCUGCUCCCUCCAUUCCUGCCCCUGCUGGGAACUUCUUGGCGCCCUUCAUCAUCUCAAGCUUGGAGCAGGCGCGUGACAACAAGGAGGAACCGGAACCUUGGAUCAUGCGCCUAGUCCUGGGAGCUCCCGUGCAAGACGCGACACUCACUCAGGUAGCAUCUCCGCUCCAGCAAAGCUUAGCCGGGUCACAACCGCAGCCGAAUGUAGCACCUCUACCCCAGCACAGUGGAGACGUGUCACAACAGCAGCAGCAGAACAAUCUAGCCAUUCCCACACACGAGCAACGCACUCGCGCAACUCAAGACACUUUCAGAGCUCUCAAGGCUUCCGAGUUUCCGCCAACUCUGAAACUUGAGGGUCUCCCAUCGGAAGAUGUACCCGAGAUCAUGGCACAGUACCGCACGCACAUUCGCCUCUCGCUGCCUGAAAACACCUCGGACGACAUCAUCGACCGUAGAGCUAUUAAGAACUUACGCCUCAUCACGAAAGGCGCCGCUGCGCAAUCGCUUGACCUCAUUCUGAGUUCUCACUUGGAAUGGCGGUCGGAACAGCAGCUAAAACUUCACACGGGUGAACUCGAGAAUCGGAUCAACCAGCUCGAGAAACUUGUCAACACGCAAGGAGACACCCACGUCUCCAGUGCAGCCCGCGGCCGUAGUAACAGUCGGGGACCAACCACCCAGAAGCGGGGUCCUUCCCAGCCCCAAAUCCACCGGAACCAGAAGGCAAAGGUGGCGUUCACCCAGGACACUAAGUCCUCGGGCGGAACAGUGGAUGGUGGUAGCGGUAGCAAGGGGGGUGUUGAAUGCACUUACCCGGGCUGCGCAGGGAAGUCGAAACGGUUCACGCAUUCACGGCAGGAGUGUAGGACCGAGAAACGUGAUCUCCAGAACGGAAUCAAGUACGUCUCGGUAACCUCGCAGCAGGGAUAGGAUGGCCCAGAUAGGCACCAUUCCUCGGCCUGUUUGGGAGACAAGUCUAGAAACUCGAGAGCAGUAACGAAGAGAGUAGAAGUAGACGAGAGGAAUCCUGGGCACCAUCCAAAACGUGUCCAGCCUCUGGUGGUAGAACAAGCAGAUGAGGUAGCUCGUAACACAGUGCCCGGAAUACC